AUGAUGCGCGUUCUCUGCGUCUUCCUGGCCGUUGCGUGCGUUGCAACGGUGUCCGCCAGCAGCCCCAUCGCUCGUCGCCCACCUAAGGACGCGCCGGCGUGCGCGGCGUGCGACAACGGCACUCUCUGCGUGCCGCUCUUCUCCUUCUGCUUCUCCUCCUCCGGCCCCUCUUGCAAAGACGGCUCCGACUUCGGCGCGCCGUGCGCCGACUACCAGCCCCGCUCGCUCCCCCUUUCUCCCCACCCCACUGCCGUGCGCGCGUGCCCGCAGUGCCCCGCGGGGUCGUCCAAGUGCGCGGACGAGCAGCAGUGCGUGCUGGACUCGGCGCGCUGCGACGGCACCAAGGACUGCCGCGACGGCUCGGACGAGGAUCCCAAGGCGUGCGCUGCCUUCGACUGCUCCUCCAUUGGCAUGGUACGCAACGCGAGUGCUGGUAGGCGGUAUGGGGAUGGUAGGCGAGUGCUCUAUGGCCACGGCGGCCACUGCUGCGACAAAUAUCACUGUUACUCACGCUCCUUUCACACCCUACCCCCCUUCACCCGCUCGUUCCCUGCCAUUUCCACGGGUACACUGCUGACUUCCCUCACCGCGUCCUCCCCGCGCCAUCUCCCACGUCCCCCGCGCGGCAGGAGCGGUCAACAGUGCCCGUCCGGUACGGGGUGCAUGUUCCUCGGACAGGCGUGCGACGGCGUGAGCGACUGCAGCGACGGCAGCGACGAGGACGAAGCUUUCUGCAAAACCUUCAACUGCAGCGACGCUGGCAAGAGCACAUGUCCGUCCGGAGUGGGGUGCAUCUUCCCCGACGCCAUGUGCAACGGCCGCGCUGACUGCACUGACGGCAGCGACGAGGCCGCCACCACCUGCAACGACUCCUUCGACUGCUCCGCCACUGGCCGGGUGGCGUGUCCGCUGAAGGGCGGGUGCGUGUGGGAGUACCAGCUGUGCGACGGCAUGCCUGACUGCCGUGAUGGCAGCGACGAGCUGCCGCAGUUCUGCUCCAAGUUCAACUGCUCCAACUCCUACCGGACGCAGUGCCCAGGAGGGCAGCAGUGCACGUACGAGGGGCUGCUGUGCGAUGGGCGGAAGGACUGCAGUGACGGCAGUGAUGAGGGCGCGCUCUUCUGUAGCAGCUACAACUGCUCGGACACUGACAGGGUGGUGUGUCCAACAGUGGACGGCUCAGCACCGGCAUGUGUUUCGGCCUCUCUGCUCUGUGACGGCACGCCGCACUGUCCGGGCGACAGUGACGAGGACCGUGGCUUCUGUGCGGACCACGAGUGCGCGCCUGGCCUCAUCAAGUGCCCCGGCUCGCUCCUCUGCGUGCCCGGCACGCUCUGCAACGGCUUCCCCGACUGCCGCAUGCCCACCGCCCUCAACACCGCUCCUGACUCCGACCCUGUUGCUGGCCCUGAUGCCGUCCCUCCUCUGAAGCCUGCUGUCAUGCCUCGCACCACCGCUCCCACGGCUACUCCUGGUACGGAUGGUACCACGGCUGGUGUGGGAGGAGUGAUGCAAGGCGGAGCUGCUGUCAUGAUGCUGGAGGGCGUGGCUGCUGACGAUGGAGGAGUCAGCGCUGACGAGGAUCCAGCCAUGUGUGCGGCUUACAAGUGCCCCGAGGGGUGGAGGAAGUGUGCGGACGGGCUGCAGUGCGUGUCAGAGGACGCUUGGUGCAGCGGCGUGAAGGAGUGCCACGAUGGGACCGAUGAGGACGAGGAGACAUGCACGGGGUACGACUGCGCUGCCACAGGGCGCGUGCCGUGUCCAGGGGGAAAGUACUGCCUGUGGAACUACUGUGACGUGUGCAAUGACGAGCGCCAGCCGCUGUGCCCUGAUGCAUCGGACCAGGCGGAGUCGGCGUGCCACCUGAAGCAGCAGUGCCCCGUGCGCUACUACAAGGACGCUCCCCUGCCCCGCCCCCUGCCGCUGCCCCAACAGGACGGCGCCGUGCAGGUGGAACCGGACAGCGAGGGGGCGGAUGGCGCGGAUGGGGGAGAUGGUGAUGCCAAUGGGGGGAACGGAGCAGGGGAGGGUGGGGGGAAGGCGGGUGGGAGCCAUCCGAAGAAGUAUGCCAAGGUGAAGACGGGCACAGGGACGAGCGCUGCUGAUGGCACUGCUGCUGCUAGUCAGAGUGCCAAGGGGGUUGAGGGUGGGAGAAGGCCCGGGCACCAUGCGGCUGGAGUGGGUCACCAUAAGAGCAAGGGGCAGCACAACAAGACGCAGUCCAGUGCUGACGCUGGCAGCGGGAGUGAGGAGGCCAAGGCUGGUAGUGGCAAGAAGGGAGCAAUUGGUACAGAAGAGGCAACAGGCAAGGGCAGCGGCAGUGGCAAACCAGGGAAAGAGGGUGGUGCGAGCAGCAGUCCAAAGAAGCCUGGCAAGGGUGCAAGUCCCACAACAGGAGCUUCAAGGGGGAGUAAGGUGAAUGGCACCAAGGCGGGCAAGGGGGGAGUAGAGAGCAAUGGCACGACGGGAGGGAAGGGAGGUAAGGGUGAUAAGAAUGCGGGAGACAGUAGCAGCAACGGCACCACAAGCAGUGGCAAGAGCAGCAGCAAAGACAUCAAGAGCAAUGGCGAUAGCAGCAAGGGCAGCAGUGGCGAGAGCAAGAAGGGCAAGUCAAGCACAGGAGAUCAAGUGAAGACUGACAGCAGCAAGGCAAAGGGAAGCAGCGGUAGUGGCACCACUGGCACGAGCGAGGCUAAGGCGAAAGGGAAGGCGGAGGGAGGCAAGGGGUCGUCUGCUGGAAAGGUGGCUUCGAGCGGAAGCAUGCAGGCAGAGGACAAAUGUAGCAAGGGAAGCCAGAAGGGCAAGGCGAGCUAG